AUGACCAUAUCUAUCUAUCUAUCUAUCUAUCUAUCUAUCUCAGUUCAUAUCUAUCUAUCUAUCUAUCUAUCUAUCUAUCUAUCUAUCUAUCUAUCUCAGUUCAUAUCUAUCUAUCUACCUAUCGGGAAGGUGAGUGACAUCGGCAAAAAUGUGAUGACCAUAUCUAUCUAUCUAUCUAUCUAUCUAUCUAUCUAUCUAUCUAUCUAUCUCAGUUUGUUCAUAUCUAUCUAUCUAUCUAUCUAUCUAUCUAUCUAUCUAUCCAGAGAGAGAGAGAGAGAGAGAGAGAGAGAGAGAAGAGACAAUCAGAAAGGGGCGAGUGCCAUAGGCAAAAAUGUGAUAACCAUGUCUGUCUGUCUGUCUAUCUAUCUAUCUAUCUAUCUGGAGAGGGAGAGAAGGAGAGAAUCACAAAGAGGUGAGAGACAUAUGCAAAAAUAUGAUGACCACAUAUCUAUCUAUCUAUCUAUCUAUCUAUCUAUCUAUCUAUCUGUUAUGGUCCGGUUCCUUGUACCACGAGGGAGAGUGGAAGAGAAUCACAAAGAAGUGAGUGACAUGCAAAAAUGUGAUCACCAUAUCUAUCUAUCUAUCUAUCUAUCUAUCUAUCUAUCUAUCUCAGUUUGA